UCAAGCUGAAGAAUAGAAGUAGGAAAGCAACUAGUCAUCUGUUCAGGUUGCUGACACCUGUAAACCUUUUAUUUACCCCCUCGCCGUCCCUGAUAUGACUCUUUUCAAGAGUGAACAUUGCAGCCCACAGUACAUGAGCAUGACCGGAGAGCUGAAAUCAAGCCGCCCGAAGGCAGGAGGUGUCAAGAGGCCGAGCAGUGCUGUGUAUGGAUCAGAAUACGAGCUGGACUACGACUGCUACCAGGAGGACCUGUAUGACAGGGUGUUUGAUUACCAGCGCGUCCCGUCUGCAGUGCCUGCGCUGCCCCACAGUUCCAGCCUGGCCAAGAAAGUACGCUCGUCUUCUUCCAAGCAGAGACGCAGCCGAGACCGCUCAUCCUCCAAGAGCUCCUCCAGACCCCACUCUUCCAGCAGAGCCAAGUUGAAAAUGGAGGAGCUGCAGACCAUAAAGCGAGAGUUGACAAUGAUAAAGGUUCAGAUUGAUGGCCUGCUGGACAGUCUGGACAGGAUGGACAGACAAAGGCAGGAGCACACAGGUUCUCCAUUUUCUCAUGAUGGAAGCGUAGGAGGUUCUCCAUACCAUCCAUCAACCAGCAGUCGAGAGGGAUCUCCCAGAACCCCCAGCCCACGCCGAUGCGCCCGGAGAGACACUCCUGAGCUGGGAGAGGCUAGCGAUGAUGAGCCGCACAUGAUGAAUCAUCACAACUCUGACAUGGAGGAUGAAAUGUAAAGAGGCAAAGAGCUCA